AUGUCUUACGGUGGUGGCUACGGCUCCCGUGGCGGCGACUACAAUGGAAAUUCUAACGGAUAUGGCGGUGGCAACUCUAAUGGCUACUCCAACGGUUACUCUAGCGGCUACGGCGGUUCCAAUGGAUACUCUGGCGGCGGCGGUGGAGACAAAAUGUCCAACCUGGGCGCAGGCUUGAAGCAACAAACCUGGGAUCUCGCAACCAUGCCCAAAUUCGAAAAAUCGUUCUACAAGGAAGAUCCCGCAGUCACUUCUCGUUCCCAGCGUGAUGUGGACGAAUUUCGCAGAAAGUUUGAGAUCUCCGUUCAAGGCACCAAAGUUCCCCGCCCCGUUGAAAAUUUUGAUGAGGCUGGUUUCCCGGCCUACGUGAUGUCAGAAGUGAAGGCUCAAGGAUUCCCUCGCCCUACUGCGAUUCAGUCUCAAGGUUGGCCCAUGGCCUUGUCCGGACGUGAUGUUGUCGGUAUUGCCGAAACCGGUUCUGGAAAAACCCUGACGUACUGUCUCCCUGCCAUCGUCCACAUCAACGCCCAACCUCUCUUAGCCCCUGGUGAUGGUCCAAUCGUCCUUGUUUUGGCACCGACCCGAGAACUCGCAGUUCAAAUCCAACAGGAAAUUACCAAAUUCGGCAAAUCUUCUCGCAUUAGGAAUACUUGUGUCUAUGGUGGUGUUCCAAAAGGUGGUCAGAUCCGCGAUCUCAGUAGGGGUGUGGAAGUCUGCAUCGCUACUCCUGGACGUCUCAUUGACAUGCUUGAAUCUGGAAAGACCAACCUCCGUCGGGUCACCUACCUUGUUCUCGAUGAGGCUGAUCGUAUGUUGGACAUGGGUUUCGAGCCUCAAAUUCGAAAAAUCAUUGGUCAGAUUCGCCCUGACCGUCAAACUUGCAUGUGGUCAGCAACAUGGCCCAAAGAAGUGCGUCAACUGGCAUCCGACUAUCUCAACGACUUCAUUCAGGUCAACAUUGGCUCGUUAGAUCUCUCUGCGAAUCAUCGCAUUACUCAAAUCGUGGAAGUCGUUUCCGAAUUUGAAAAGAGAGAUCGCAUGACCAAACAUCUCGAGCAGAUCAUGGAGGAUCGCAGCAAUAAGAUCCUAAUUUUCACCGGAACAAAGCGCGUUGCGGACGACAUCACAAGAUUCCUUCGUCAAGAUGGUUGGCCAGCACUUUCAAUUCAUGGUGACAAGCAACAGAACGAACGUGACUGGGUCCUGAACGAAUUCAAGACUGGCAAGAGCCCAAUCAUGGUUGCUACGGACGUCGCGUCUCGUGGUAUUGAUGUUCGCGAUAUUACUCAUGUGUUCAACUAUGACUACCCAAACAACUCAGAGGACUACGUUCACCGAAUUGGUCGAACUGGUCGAGCGGGCCGCAAGGGGACUGCGAUCACUUUGUUCACCACUGAGAAUGCCAAACAAGCUCGUGAUUUGGUCAGUGUUCUACAGGAGUCCAAGCAGGCCAUCGACCCUCGUCUCGCGGAGAUGGGCCGCUACUCAGGUGGUGGCGGUGGUCGCGGCUACGGCGGUCGCGGCGGUCACCGCGGUGGCCGUGGUGGUGGUGGAUUCACUGCCAGCAAUUCUGCUCCCCUCGGCCGCAGCCGGUGGUAA